AUAUUUUAUGCUCUUUUGGUGAAUAUUCUUUUCGUGUUAGUGACUUCUGGAUUUACAAAGGUGAACACAAAUGUAGUUCAUAAAGUCGCUGAUGGUGUGCAAGGAACGUGGAAAAAGAAAUGGACAUGGAAGCAGCAUUGGGUGAAGACAUGGAAGCCUGUCUACGUAGCUAAAUGGACGAAAGUUUGGUCACCCGCUGAAGUUCGUGAAUAUGUCCCUUUGCCACCAGUGCCUCCAAAUUGGCUGAAACCAGUGAAUCAUCACUAAAUUAAUUGUAAAGCAUUUCAACACCAAAGACUGACAUAAGUCAUGCAUUAAAUUAAGCUAUUAAAGUUUUUUUCUACUCGGUUUUUAUAUAAAAAAGCAAUUCAAGUUAAUGAUCGAUUGUUCACACUAAAUAAACAUGUGAAAAUUGCAGAAAUAAAAACAACUUGAAAAGUUUUUCAUUUCUUAUUGAAGAUGUUUGAAAUUUUUGUAAAUUUCUUUACUUCACUAUUCCGAUCAAGUAUUUAUGUAAAUAAAGGAAGUUUAAUG